AUGGAUGAUUUCUAUCAACCUCUCAUAAAUUCUACUGAUGGAAUCGACACAUUGAAAUCCGAAACCUGGUUCACAAGUGUCCUCGCCUCUAUUCGUGCAGUGCCUUUACCUAUCAUUCUCAGUAUUGCUUUAGCGCCAGUUCUCGUGAUCAUAGCUACGAGAUUAUUGAGCGAGAGGCCGUCGGAAAAGGUAGAGGGAAAGGAUGGAAAGACAGUUUGGAUGCCGGCUUAUUGGGUGCCGGGUGUGGGACAUGUUCUUGCAUUUUUGAUGAAUGGAGAGAAAUUGGCAAGUAUAUUUGCACUUAAUCUUGGAGGCUCUACGCAUAAUAUCAUUUCGAAUCCAAACCUGGUUAAGGGAGUAUUGCAGAAAAAAGAAUCAGAAGUGACAUUCAAACAUGUUGCAAUGACUCUAGCAUCGAAAUUCUUCGGGAUACCCAAAAAUGCAAAGAAGAAAUAUUUAGACAACUGGGAAGAAUACACAUCUGCUUUCAGUUACCUUAUGAAGGAACCAUAUCUUAGUACCAUGCUGAAUGGAACUAUACGCAAUCUUGAAGGACUCAUUCCACAGAUGGUUUCAUUUCUAGAUAGCGAAAUAGAUCAACAUCCAUGGGAAAAAUGGGCUAAUGCUGAGUACAUCUCUAAGGAUGAAAUGGAAGUUGAUCUCAUGGCCCUGGUACGAGAUAUACUUGGACAUGCUUCCGUGUCCAGUAUUUUCGGUCGUGCAUUUUUAGAGAACAAUCCUCAUAUUCUGCACGAUAUCUAUGAAAUGGAUCGUGGUAUGAUGUAUUUCAUCAUAGGGCUUCCAUGGUUCACUCCUUGGCCUGCUGUCGCAAGAGCUCAUUUUUCUCGUUCCCAAGUUCAAGGAAGUGUGAGAAGAUUUCAUGAAGCUCUCGAUGCUUCAGUCGAUGGAAAGCACGUUGACUCUUCUUGGGGUGAUUUGGAUGAUGUCAGCGACUUUAUCAUGAGGAGACACGAACUGUUCAGAAAACAUGGUCUAAAACCAAAUGAGCGUGGAGACGUAUCCAUUGUCUGGGCCCUUGUAGUUAACUCUACUCUACUCGUCUACUGGCACCUCCUCUACAUUCUCUCCACCCCCAAUCUCGCCGACAAGAUCCGCGCCGAGAUCUCCCCCUACGCAACUGUCGUCCCCGGUGAAAAAAUCGGCUCAUUCGCAGAAGCACCACGUAUCCACCUUUCCCACGAAGACCUUUCCAAGAAAUGCCCCCUCUUCAAAUCCACCUAUCUGGAAGCCUUACGUCUAUCUUCCCAACCCGCAUCUGUCCGAAAACUCGAAAAUGACAUCACCCUAACCGAUGCUGCAUCUAAUAAGGACAACGAUAAAACCUCCGCAACCACUUACAUCCUCCGCAAAAACGAAUACGUAACCCUCCCGCAUGAGCUCCACAUGCGCGACCCCUCCCACUUUACCUCCCCCACCACAUUUAACCCCGAACGUUUCCUCAGCACCGACGAAACCGGCCAAUCCUCCGUCGACUCGCAAACUAUUCGUCCCUAUGGUGGCGGAUCUAGUAUGUGUAAAGGCCGCGUAUUCGCCGAGAGAGAAUGUCUUGCUUUCGUAGCCGGCAUCCUCAUGUAUUGGGAUCUGGAGCCUGUUGUUCAGAAAGGAGAGAAGAAGGGGAAAUGGAGGAUUCCUGGAAUGAUAAAAACUAGUGCGGUUUGUUUACCGGAUAAGGAAACGAGGACGACUGCAUGCGAAGCUUUCAGACUUUGA